AUGUCGAGCGAUGUGUCAUACUUUCACAGAAGGUCAUCUGGAUUAGACGCAGCUGUGAACAGAGAAAUCAACCUACGAACUGGCAAGAUCACAUGGGCUGACGAAUUCAUGCACGAAUGUAAGCGCUAUUUCAGAGGUGAAGGGCACAUUGCUAUCACCAGAGCAACGGGAAGAUUCUUCAGAACUCAACGAAGCGAGUUUAACACAGUUGAAGAGUUUAUCACCGGGGUCCAAAACUGUUUCAUAGCAGCAAGAGAUCUCAAUGGCCUCAUGGUGCCAUACCACAUGAUGAUAAUCAUCACCCUCGAGCUCUCCGAAAUACCUGAAUUGAAGAGUUUCAUCACCAUGAAAAACAGCGAAUUGGGACGCAACCCAGAUCCUGGAAGCAAUUUGACAAUCGACGAUGUGCUUACGUACUGUCAAGAAAUCAUUGACAACGCCGCUUGUGAGAGAACCAUUUGA